UGACUUGCCUACCCUCAUUCAAAGCUACGAAUGGGCAUCAAGUCAAACCCUUCGUUCUUUGGAAAACCACUCCCUUAUAACUAGCUCAAUUUCAUCUUCAAUUGCACUUCCUUGCUAACAAUUCCAAGCAAUGGAUUCCGGGGAGAAGCGGCUCAAUGAGUUGGGUUACAAGCAAGAACUCAGAAGGGAAAUGACUUUGUUCAAGACUCUGGCAAUAUCAUUUUCUACGAUGACCCUUUUUACUGGGAUUACUCCCCUUUACGGUUCAAGCCUUUUAUAUGCAGGUCCUGCAAGCCUUGUCUGGGGUUGGGUUGUUGUUUCAUUCUUCACCUGGUUUGUUGGCAUUGCAAUGGCUGAGAUCUGUUCCUCUUUUCCAACCACUGGCUCACUAUACUUCUGGGCAGCCCAUUUAGCAGGCCCCAAAUGGGGUCCAUUUGCAUCAUGGUGUUGUGCUUGGCUUGAGACUAUAGGACUCAUUGCUGGGAUUGGUACUCAGGCAUAUGCAGGGUCACAAACACUGCAGAGUAUAAUCUUACUAUGCACAGGCACAAAUAAAGAUGGUGGAUAUUUUGCUCCUAAAUGGCUCUUCUUGUGCAUGUACAUGGGCCUCACUGUUAUAUGGGCAGUUCUCAACACAUUUGCAUUAGAAGUGAUUGCUUUCAUUGAUGUAAUCUCUAUAUGGUGGCAGGUUAUUGGUGGUUUGGCUAUUGUUAUAAUGCUUCCCAUGGUGGCACUGACUACAAGAUCUGCUUCAUAUGUGUUUACCCAUUUUGAAAUGGCACCCGAGUCAACAGGAAUAUCAAGCAAACCUUAUGCAGUCAUUUUAUCUUUCCUUGUAAGUCAGUAUUCACUAUAUGGAUAUGAUGCAGCAGCUCAUCUAACGGAAGAAACAAAAGAUGCAGAUAAAAAUGGUCCCAUUGCAAUUCUUUCUAGCAUUGGCAUCAUUUCAAUAUUUGGAUGGGCCUAUAUCUUGGCACUUACUUUUAGCAUUCAGGAUUUUAGCUACCUAUAUGAUACAACCAAUGAGACUGCUGGAGCAUUUGUGCCAGCUCAAAUACUAUAUGAUGCAUUCCAUGGGAGGUACCAUAAUGCUGCUGGAGCAAUCAUUUUGCUAUUUGUCAUUUGGGGUUCAUUCUUCUUUGGAGGGCUUUCGAUCACCACCAGUGCAGCAAGAGUGGUGUAUGCUCUAUCAAGAGAUCAAGGAAUUCCUUUCUCAUCGAUAUGGAGACAAGUGCAUCCAAAGCACAAAGUUCCCUCAAAUGCAGUGUGGCUUUGUGCAGCCAUCUGCAUUCUGCUAGGACUGCCAAUUUUGAAAGUCAAUGUAGUCUUCACUGCCAUAACUUCCAUAUGCACAAUUGGAUGGGUUGGUGGCUAUGCAGUUCCAAUUUUUGCUAGAAUGGUAAUGGCUGAGAAGAAUUUCAAAGCUGGGCCAUUUUAUUUGGGCAAAGCCAGAAGGCCAGUCUGCUUCAUUGCCUUUCUUUGGAUUUGUUAUACCUGUUCUGUCUUUCUUUUGCCAACUUAUUACCCAAUUUCCUGGGAUACUUUCAACUAUGCACCGGUGGCUUUGGGCGUUGGUUUGGGUUUGAUAAUGCUUUGGUGGGUGUUGGAUGCAAGGAAAUGGUUCAAGGGACCUGUUAGGAAUAUUGAGAUUCCAAAUGAAAAGGUUUAACUUUGAUUGCAAAUUCAAACACAUUAUUACUGGAACCUCCAAGUUCCAUCAGCUGAAUUUCGAAUAGUGCUGUAAUUUCCUUUUCUCUGUUAGUUAGAUGACUCUUAUACUUGAA